UGUUUUAUUUUAAAAUAAAUUAAUACCAGUUCUUUACCCACCUUAUUCUACAAUACACCUAGUGUUGUAUCCGAACAUAUUUUGUUCUUGGCGCUCUCAUCUUCAAAAUAACUUCAAAUCAAAUCAAAUUUACUACAUCAACAUGGCGGAUAAAUCAGAAAGAGAUCCUGAUGGGGAUGAUUUUUCGCCUCGAUCGCACUAUCGAGUUAAAGAUGAACCAAUGGAUAUGGAUUUUCCGGAGGAAGAGGAAGAACCACCCGCUUUUGGCCCUGCUGCGCUUGGCCUUCACAGAGUUGGCACUAAGUUACCGCCAAAACCAGCACCGAGUGAACCCGUCCAAAAGCUUAACGCUCGCGGUAUGCCAGCUCGAAUAAGGAAGAAAAAUAGAUUUAUAUUCGUUGACGAUUUUGUAAAUACUUCGCCACCACGUCAAUCACCAAAACGAACACCUAAAAUCAUAGCUAAAACUCCCAACAAACAAUCAAGUGCUAAGAAACAAAAGUCACCUACAAAAGUGCAAAGAUCAAGCGAUAAAUAUGAUGAAAAGGCUGAACCUGCUGGAACACAAUCUCCUGACACCAGAUCUGGGCAUAGAAUUGGAAUGAGGUUAAGGAACUUGUUAAAGUUACCAAAAGCUCAUAAAUGGGUUUGUUUUGAGUACUUCUACAGUAAUAUUGACAAAGUUUUAUUUGAUGGUGAAAAUGAUUUCAUGAUUUGCCUGAGAGAAUCAUUUCCACAACUUACUAACCGUAAGUUAACACAAGUGCAAUGGUCUAAAAUCCGAAGAAUGAUGGGUAAACCUCGUAGAUGUUCCCAGGCAUUCUUUGAUGAAGAGCGUAGAGAAUUGGAAAGAAAACGCAAAUUAAUAAGAUUUAUACAACAAAGGAAAGCUGCUGAUAUUAGUGUUAAAGAUUUACCAAAUGAAAUACCAAUGCAAUUAGUAGUGGGAACUAAAGUAACAGCAAGAUUGCGGAAACCACAAGAUGGCUUAUUCACAGGAUGUAUAGAUGCAGUAGACACAUCUAAUAAUACAUACAGGAUAACAUUUGAAAGACCAAGACUCGGCACACAUUCAGUACCAGAUUAUGAAGUUCUAUCCAAUGAACCUCCGGAUACUAUAAGUCUUUCUAGUAUAACAAAGAAGUUUCGACCACGGUUUGUACUCCAAGAUAUAUUUAGUUUGUAUGAGCCUACAAACAAUAAUGCACAAGGUGAUCCUCUUAUUGGUUGUUCAGAUAUAGCAAAACAAAUAGACACUAUAGGCAGUUACCCAUAUGCACUUCUAGAGCUAAUUGUCAAACUAAGAAGAAUAUUGAAUGCUAAACGGCAUAAAAUAAAAUUACUCAAGGAAUACAAUAGUGACGCUGAGAAAAUAAAAUCCUUUGGUCAAAAAAUGCCUGAAGAUUUUGAAAGAAAAUAUGCUGCAGUUGUAAUAGACUUGGAAAGAAUGAAUAUGGAUUUACAAGAUUAUAUUAAUGAUGUUCAACAGUACUGCCAACAAAUAGCUCCAGAGCCUAGUCUAGCUGCAAUGUUAGUGCCUUCACAUCUGAGAGAAAUAUGCCGAGAAAAGGCUUCUUUGUUAGUAGAAAAAAAUAAUAAUGGAUCAGUUAAAGACCCCAACUUAAUUGAUCUUAUCACAGACCUUAUUGCUUUAAUGCUUCAAGUUAAAAGCCUGUCAGAUUCUGAUCAAAAUGCAUAUGAAUUGAGUGUUUUGCAAGGUACAAUGGAACAAAUAAAAAUGAAAUUGGAACCACAUCAUCAGAAGUUAUUCCAAAAUAAUGUAGAAAUUCAUAUGCACAGGAUUCAAAUGGGUUUAGGUCAAAUGACCACUAAUAGUUUUGUUGCUGGUAAUUAAUUAAUUAGUUGUGCAAUAAUUAAAUUAAAUUUAUGACAUGAUUUGCUCGAUGCUUAAUAAAUUUUUAUUUAAAAGUUAAUUGUCUUGCAACAAAAAUGGUGCAUAGUCAUAAGGAUGAUUUAAGUAUUUUGGUGUGUAAUUUUAUUGGGAAAAUUGUAUAAUAAACAAAUCAUUUUGUAAGAAAAAUACUUAUAAUCCUAGAAAUGAUUACGAAUUGGUUACAUGGGCUUGAUGUAAUUGCUCAGUGCCAUGAAUACUGCUGUAUUUAAAAAUGUAUAAUAGGCUAUAAAUAAAAGAUAAGUUUUAUUAAAA